GCUCUUGCUCGCUACAGAGCACAAGCUUAUUUUUGGUCCAUCCACUGAUCCCAUUUCCCGAUCUGAUCAGAUUCUUCUACCCAUCUCAUUGAGAUUCUCAAUUUUCCUAGUGGGAUUUUGUCUCAAGAAUGCGCUAUAUAAUCUUUAUCUCUAAAGUUUUAGCUGAUCAGAAAAGACUCAAUCCAUUCGUUUCAAGAUGAGCUCCUACAUGUUCCCUAUAAUCUGCGCUUUACAUUCACUGAUUGCAACAACAUGUGGAUCCUUGAUAAUGUUCUAUCUCAAAGAGAUAUAUGUGCUUGGUCAUGGUGCUGAGACAGCUAAAAAGCUUUCCGGAUCAACACCACAUGAUCAAUUGCUGAUCCAAACUUCAAAUUCAUUUGCUGGUUUGCUUCUGUUUGUGGUUGGACUUUUAUUGUUCAUGGUAGCUUUUGUGAAGGACAAAGAGUUUCAGAGCUUUUUCGCAAAAGGGUGUGUUCUUCUUCAUGUUUCAACAGCUGUUUGGAGGGUUUGUUUUGAGAGAAGGGUUGAGGUUUUGGCUUGGGAUUGGCCUAGACAGGUGAUUGGGGAUUUUCUUCUGGCAUUUUCAUGGAUUUUGUUCUUGGUUUCUAUUUGGAGAGAGAAAUAUGAUUGA